GGGCACGCUUAAAACAGCGCAAGUAUCUGUACCACAUAUACGAACUCGUCGCCGCUGGGAGUAGCGCGGCUCUGACGCAGAACAUACUGCGUGAGGUAGUCAGCGCCGCCAUAAUGCACUACGCGACGAUCACAGAUGACUCGGAGCUAGCACCUGGCAUCACCAUCCAGUGCGCCAGUUUCUCGGCCACGGAACGUUAUCUCAAGACCUUGUGCACCACAACGAGAUUUAGGAAUUGGUCGUUGAACAUCACGGGCCCCAUGGAUCAACACAGAUCGGCUGUACCGGGAAUGGGUUAUAGUCUAUACUCACACUCUGUACUACCUACUGUAGGCAGUGCGGGCGACGUAUCGGACGACG